GCCAAUAACUCUUACAUUCUGCUCGUGCAGGUGCAACGCUGGGCUCUGAACUAGCCGCUGCAGCAAAGCUAAGGGAAAAAUCACCCAUUUCAUGGUAAACCCUGGCUUAUCUUGAGUAGCGAGGCUGUGUUCAUUACAACAGCGGAAACAGAAAGAACGGAGCUUAUCCAUUACGAGAUGGCGUCUGCAAAUGCGACAUAUGGACAGAAGGAAUCCUCGGACCAGAAUUUUGAUUACAUGUUUAAAAUCCUCAUCAUUGGGAACAGCAGUGUGGGAAAAACCUCCUUCCUCUUCCGCUAUGCAGAUGACUCGUUCACGCCGGCGUUUGUCAGCACGGUGGGAAUUGACUUCAAGGUCAAGACCAUCUAUAGGAACGACAAAAGGAUAAAACUACAGAUCUGGGACACUGCUGGUCAGGAGCGCUAUAGAACAAUCACCACAGCCUACUACAGGGGAGCAAUGGGCUUCAUCCUCAUGUAUGACAUCACCAAUGAGGAGUCCUUUAAUGCUGUGCAAGACUGGUCGACCCAGAUCAAGACGUACUCAUGGGACAACGCCCAGGUCCUCCUGGUGGGAAACAAGUGUGAUAUGGAGGAUGAGCGGGUGGUGGCGUCCGACAGGGGGCGCCAGCUGUCAGAGCAACUUGGUUUUGAGUUCUUUGAAGCAAGCGCUAAAGACAACAUCAACGUGAAGCAGACGUUCGAGCGACUGGUGGACAUCAUCUGUGAGAGGAUGACAGAGACUCUGGACAACAACGACCCAACGGUCACCGGAGCCAAGCAGGGGCCACAGCUCAAUGAGCAGCCCCAGAGGUCUCACCAAGAUUGCGCUUGCUGAAUGCACACAUACUCACACACCCCUAUGCACACGCACCCCCCUCCCCCCACACACACUGCUUGUCCUGAUUUUUCAAGGUUUUUUUAGUCUGGAUCUUGCUGUUUGUUCUUUUUAAUAUGCAGAUGCAAGACGUCCCUGCACAUAAACACUGCCAUCCAUCCACAGCCCCACACCAGGAGCAGAGUCUGCCAGGAGUUGGGCCUUCCAGGGGCUGUCCUUCUGCUCAGCAACAUUCCCUGACUCUUUCAUACACUUCUUAAACACACUAAGCUGUAUGUUACCAGAUGUGCAACAGUUGUAAUUAUUGUCCCUCUGAAAAGGUGUUUAUUGAGGAAGUCGGUUCAUGUAGGCGUGUUUUGGAGGAUCUGAAAUCCUCUUUUUAGUGUUUUGGUCGACUUUUAGGGAGAUUUUGGACCCAAGUUUGAUGUUCAGGCAGAGUUGUUCUUAAAUUAAGAAAUUAUUUUAUAUAUUUGUCUUAAAAACAUAUAGUUACAAUAGAUCUGAAAAGUGUUCAAACCUAUGUUUAAAAUGUAGGGUUUUUAAAAAAAGGCCAUGAUAAAUUAUCUCAAAAAAUUUUUCUUUAUUAAUGAGACAUACAUCCUGUGUAAUCCAACUGAAAACAAAUCUGCUUUAGUAAAAGAAAAAAAAUAGAAAUGUGCAACAACCCAGAUGCAUACAUUUUCACACCCUUAAGCUAAAAUUUUGCUGAAGCUUCUUGUCAUUCAUUUUAAACAUUCUUGGCUCUCCACAGGUUGGUUUAGGCCUAAUCCAAACAUAGCCAGAUAUCGGGGGAAAAAAUACACUUUUUUUGCGUUUCGGCUUUUCAUCCACACAAAAACUGUUUAAUAUCACUAAAAACGAUUAUUUAUAAAAACUCCCACCAUAAUAAGGAGAAUUUUAUGAUUCUCCUUAUUUGUGUUUGUGUGUACAUUGGAAAACAGGCAUUUACAGUCUGCCACAAAUAAUACGCCAAAUAUAUUCACAUGCUUGCUUUGACACGAUUCCCAACCGACAUAAUCUAGUGUUUAAAUAACCUAAUUAAAAGUCGUUGAACCUACAUAGUUGUCUAACCAAAUGAUACUCCUGGCACUACAUUUUCUUUCUAAUAGGAAGCCGUGAUUGUUUUGAAGCAACCUGAUUGGCUGUGAUUGGUGUAGCAUUGCGCUACACUGCCCCCUAUAGGUGUGGCAUGUUUAAAAAGAAACUUGACAGAUGGAUCUGUUCGGGUCCAUGUAGAUGAAAUGUUUUCUGAAACUGAUCCCAUGUGUACAAUAUUAUUUUUUUAAACAACAUGGCUGAGAUUUUUGAUUUUAUAAAGACCCAGCUACGUGUUUACAAGGCUUUAGUAAUAUUUACCCAUUCAGAUCAAAGUUCUCCAAAUCUAUCCACUUGUGAGGACAUAUGUUUUCCACAUCCCUUCUCGGGUUCAGAUUCAUUUCUUGGCUCCAGUGAAGACAUUCUCCUCAGACUCACGGUGAUGCUAAAACAUCAAAUCCACCUUCAACUUCAGGUUUGUAGGAGACACUUCGGCGUUUUAUUUGGAGCUGUGCAUAAUCUCACCCACUGUGACAAAAAAACAUCUUCCUCUGAAGAUAAGCAACCCCAGAGCAUAAUGCUGCCACCACCAUGUUUCAUUGUGGGUAUGAUGUUCUUUUAUUGAAACUUGCUGUUAUUGUGGCCCAGAAAAUCUAUUUGGGUUUUAUCAGAUGGUAGCGGACGUUUUGGAUGUGUGCAGGAGUUGGACAUCCCAGCUCCUUUUUCUGCUUGUUAGAAACAUAUAGAACACACCCAGUACUUUUUUCUGCAGCUCUUUCCGUGUUGCUGUUAGUCUACUAUCAACCUCACUGACCCAGUGAUUACAUUUAAUCAGUUCAUCAUUAUAGCUUCAUCAGUUUUGGAGAAAUGUCCUGUUAACAGAACAUGGCUGUUGUCCCUAUUUUAUUGAUAUCUGUUUGCAUUGUGCUAUGAUUUGAAUGUAAUGCUGAGGAUUUUCAUGUACCAUCUUCUGACUGGUACCUUUGAUCUGUUCUGCAGAGCUAUAGCUAAAGAUGUUGGUAACAACAUCAGGAAAAAAAUGAUCUCAAGAACAGCUCAAUGUUGUUUACAUUUAAUCAGAUUUACUAUGAUUUAUAUAGUGAUGAAGUUAGGAAGACUGAAUCAAAAGUAUUAGUUUCAGGGUUUGCACACUCAUGCAACUAGAUAAUUAAAAUUUUUUAUUUGUUUUAUAUCUUCCCCUCUAACUGAUGUUUGUUUCCAGAUGAAUUGAACAGGAUGCCUGUUGGACUAGAUGUGAGAAAAGUGAUCAUUUGAUCAUAGUUUUUUUUUAUUUCACACAAACCUAGCAUCUUAACAAAGGUGUUUUUACUUUUGAGAGCAAAAGCAUAUAGUAAAUUUCUAUGAAAAAGUAAGUCAACAUUCUGGUUGGACCUGGAUAAGGAACAGCAUAACCUGGAUGUUUGAUGCAUUUAUAAAACUCAUUGAGCAUCGGCUCUAAGUCAUACAUCACAGUAGGAGAAUAUCAAAUGUCUCUGGCCACUCAAGAUUUUAUAAAUAUCUACAAAUGUCAAUAAAUGUGCAUUUUAAAAUGCAGAUAUUUACAGUAUCCAUAUAAACUGAUUGUGAAGCGGUGGUUGGAUUCCUGCCUGUGUUGUCGUCAGAGCUGCAUGUUGUUGAUGUUUUCACGCUUCUUCUGACUGGUUUAUUAGUAUGAGCUGUUGAUUUUACUGGUCUUACUCUCAUCACUCCCAUUCCCUCUACUAUUUUAAAAUGCCAGAUUGGUGUGAAAAGUUUCUGAUGUUUAACUCUUGACACCCCACAGCUUUUAUUCAGUGCAUAUAGUGGGUGUUGGUCAUUCCUCCUUUCUCCAUUCCACUCUUCUGCAGUUUUAGUUGUUUCCUUCUGUGCAUCAGAACAUUUUGUACCAAUCAUGCAUCAAUCUGUUCUCAACAAAGGUACGUCUUGUACCCACUUUAACAACCAGUAAUAGGAACUUUUUAUGUCCUGCUGUAGGGAAUAAUUUUAUUUAAUUCAAUUUAAAAAAACAACUUAUUUAUCCUAAAAGGAAAUGAAAUGUCUUAACUCAUCAUCCAAGUAUCUUCAAAGAGUUGUUGUUGAAGGUGAUGCUGCAGGCACAAAGGAUCAGUCAGUAGCAGUCAGUAUGGCAACAAAUCUGAAGAAGCCUCUGUCUGAAACUUGUUUGCUGUAUGACAGUAUCAUGGCUGUCAUGAGAUCCUAACAGCUCAGUAUCCAGGCAACAGAGACGAUAUUCCCCAGUAACAUGUCCUGGAUUACUCCAUCAAUUGUUGGGUAGCACUGCUAGCCCAUCUCAUUUGCUGUUGCCACAUCUUUUUUCAUCUUUGUUUGGCUGUAUAGUUAGAAACGGAGAAAGAGAGACAUUGGAGUCUGAGAUAUAACUUCUAUAAAUCAUUUUUAAGGAAUAAUUUCAUAAGAACCAAGUGGUUCAAACGGUUGGAAAAAUUCUAAUCUAUGGGAAUUGUGUUCCAUUGAAAAUCUUACAAAACUUAUAUUGAAUUAAAUUAGACUACAUGUCUGACCAGAGCUAUUUUUAAAAAAUCUUCCUUCCAUUAUUCUUCUAAACACCUAUUUAUCAAGAGACAUAAAAUUAUGCACAUUGGUCAAGUGGAAAUUAAAUGGUUUGUUUGCUGGUACAAAAUGGAAGUAGGUGGGAAGAAGAUGAGGUUCUGAUGACGAGGUGAAGGGACACAUUGACCCAGAGACUAAUUGGACUAUCAGAACCCCCAGGUAGUCUGACAUGCCAUCAGAACCGAUCCAUCUGUUUUCUGCAGAACAUGUUGGGAUUUUUGAGACUGUCUGCUUUGGUUUAUGCCAAUGCGAUGAAGGAUGUGUCUGCGCUCGUUUUUACUACUAACCAACUCAUGCAGUCACAAAAUUGCUGAGCCAUGCGCCAAUUGUUUCACAUGAAUUAUUUAUUUUCGUAUUUAUGACCUAACUUAUUUUUUUGUAGUAUUUAAGAUUAUGCAUUAUAUUCUGCACGUUUUGAGGAGAUGUUUGCUCGUAUUCAGUAGCCUGACGUUUUCCAGCACUUCUGGAAAAUGAGUGUUAGCAGAGCAGCGUGUAAGAUGAUUCCUUUUGAGGGGGCAGAGUAGAGCAUUAACACAUUCCAGAGUGAGAACUUAUCAUGCUCAAGUAGCUUUAGUGAGGAGUUUGUCUUUUGAUAUCAGUUUUGUAACUGCUAUGAUUCCCCACACUCAGUUAAGACAACUUAGAUUUGUAAAACAAGGCGUGCGUGAGUAAAAGCAACCUAAUAAAGAGCAUUUUCAGGAUUUUUUUUUUUUUUAAGUAUUCUGAAUAAAUCUAAGGUCCAAGUUCCCUGACUGUUGGUUAGAAAUGUUCUGUUGAGCCUGUCUGGUGUCAAAAAGGGAAAUCACUGCUGCAGGUUACCUGAAUACUCUGACUUCUUCAUAAAAAAGUGAUUUUGACUAUUUUUGUUCACGUUUGACUUGUUUACUGUUUUUUUUUUAAUUAUUAGAUUUAUUUAUUGUGUUUUGCUACAGUUUUAACUUUGCUAAAGAGUAAAAGGCAUAUCAGUCCUGUUCUCCUUCAAUCAUCCAUGGCAGAAUUCCUAACUGUAAAUAGGAACAUCCUUCCUGUCAGAUAAUAGUUGUGUGAACUGUGUUGUAACUCUGUAAUACCAGGUUUACUAAAAUAAGGAACCAAUAAACCGUAAUAAAUGCAGGA